AUGAAAUCUCCUAUUCCAGACCUCGAAAAAAGCGCAAAAUCCCCAAAAAGUAAAGACUUAACUAAACAAAAUUUCAAAUCAACAAGCUUUAAAAAUAUAUUAGAAGUCUCAAGUUCGCUUCCUUCACUGAACAUAAAAGAUCUAACAAGGUCUAGUGUAAAUUCCCCUAUUCCUCCACAAAUAAUUACCGACAGGCCAUAUUCGCAGCUAGCCUUCAGAGAUAUUCUAAAUCCUUCCAAAAAACAAAAAUACAAACGACAGGAAUCCCUCAAAAAACAGAUGGAAACACUCGACAAGAUGGGCUUUCGCAGCCACUUUGACAAGCAUUCUUCACUUAUCCGAGGAUUCGGAGCAUCAGAAAAGAAGUUUACCAUGCCCAAUUCGUGUAUGACAGAUCUUUGAGGUGAAUCAAAAGAAGAAGCAUUUUUAAAAAUUAAUGGGCUAUGGGACGCAUAUAUAGGGAUAAAGAAAAAACAUGAUAUUGAUAUCAUAAAAAAUGAUAAAAGCAUAUCAAAACCAAACAAACCUUAUAUUAUGGACAUAAAUGCAAUGAGGCAGUCAAUAUUCACUGAACAAAAAAACCAUGAGAAUAGGCUGAAUAUUAUGAUGUCGCCGUCUAGACUGACUUUGAGGAGAAAGUCGUUUAGUACUCAAAAUGCUGGUACAAAACUGAGUAAAAUAAAGGAAAUUAUACAAAAGUGUGAUGAGUUAUUUAUAGACAAUAAAACGUUUAAGAGCAAUACAGCAAACGUGAUUGAAGGGCUUGGAAAAGAUUAUCAAGUUUUAGAUGGGAUUACCAAAGGGAAAAGAUUUGCGAAGAAAAAGAGAAGGCUUACGGAAGUAGAAAUGAGACAAAUAAAAAGAGAUAUGAAUGGCCUUUCAAUUAAGGGCACUUUUUAA